AACACACCAACCCUCUUUCUCAUUUCUUCACCUCGCCAUCUCUGUUCACAUCUCUCUCUUUCUCUCUCUUUUUACGCCGUGUGGGUUGUCAAAAGUUUCCUAUAAUUCCUCUUAUCCUCCGCGCUCACAAACAAUAUCCUCCUCAAGAAGCUGGACAAGAACGCUCAAGAAUCAAGAAAGUGGAGAUAACGAACUUCUUCUUAGCUUAAUGGGUUCUUGCUUCAGCUCGUGUGUCAAAGCCGAUAACCUUUUCAACAAUGGUAAGAGCAGCGAUCUUUACGGUUUAAGCAUCUCGAGCGGGAAAUCUUCGUCCACGGUGGCUGCAGCUCAGAAGACAGAAGGGGAGAUUCUUGAUUCUACCCCCGUCAAGAGCUUCACCUUCAACGAGCUCAAACUCGCCACAAGAAACUUCAGACCGGACAGUGUGAUCGGCGAAGGUGGGUUCGGUUGUGUCUUUAAAGGCUGGUUGGAUGAAACCAGUCUCACUCCGACUAGACCCGGAACCGGUUUAGUCAUCGCCGUUAAAAAGCUUAACCAAGAAGGUUUUCAAGGUCACCGUGAAUGGCUGACAGAGAUUAACUACCUGGGACAGUUGAGUCACCCAAAUCUAGUGAAACUGGUUGGUUAUUGCUUGGAGGAUGAACACCAUCUUCUUGUAUAUGAGUUCAUGCAAAAAGGAAGUCUUGAGAACCAUCUAUUCAGAAGAGGUACAUAUUUUAAGCCGCUCCCAUGGUUUCUACGGGUCAAGGUUGCGCUGGAUGGCAAAGGGCUUGCGUUUCUUCAUAGUGACCCUGUCAAAGUGAUAUACCGAGACAUUAAGGCCUCCAACAUUUUGCUUGACGCUGACUACAAUGGAAAACUUUCUGACUUUGGACUAGCUAGGGAUGGUCCAACGGGUGAUCGAAGCUAUGUUAGUACCAGGGUUAUGGGUACAUAUGGUUAUGCGGCUCCCGAGUAUAUGUCUUCAGGUCAUUUAAAUGCAAGAAGCGAUGUUUACAGUUUCGGAGUUGUGCUAUUAGAGAUUUUAACUGGUAAACAAGCACUGGACCAUAACAGGCCGGCUAAAGAAGAAAAACUCGUGGAAUGGGCUCGACCUUACCUAACAAGCAAAAGCAAGGUUCUCCAAAUUGUGGACUCUCGGCUAGACACACAGUACCUACCCGAAGAGGCAGUGAGAUUAGCCAGCAUUGCGGUGCAGUGUCUCUCUAUCCAACCCAAGUCACGCCCAACCAUGGACCAAGUGGUCCGUGCCUUGCAAAAACUUCAGGACAAUUUGGGGAAACCGACUCAGCCCAACCCGGUUAAGGAUGCUAAGAAACAGGGUUUUAAAACCGGAGCUAAGUUACCGGAAACACGGCUUAAACAAAGACCUUUUAGCAGGCAUUAAGCUGGUUAAUUCCGUGAUGAACAAUUCAAAUACGGUUAUGGACGGACAAACCGUGAAGGGCGAGAUUUAUAAUGGAUACAUGGUAACAAGUCACAUACUCAACCUUAGAGAAACAUGUGAUUUGGCCUUUAGGCUUCCUCAUGUGCUAUGAUAUCGAGUGAAGUAUAUAUGUGGUAACUUCUCUUGUUGUGUUGUAACCACAGUUGUAUUGUUUUUUGUUAGAACAUUUUAUGUAGAGAUUUUUCCUAUAGAUCUCCAGUUUUGGAAUCAACAAUUAUUCAAUGAUAAAAUUCAGGACACCUGAAGUUAA